GUGUUGUAGGAGAAGAUGAACAGGGAGUGGUGGUGGUGGGUCCAGGUGGAGGUAUUGAUAUCAUCUAGUAACAGGCAUCAACUGUGGAGAGGAUAAUGAAGAAUUUACGGUUCAAAAUCACUAAGUUGAGGCAAUCUUUGGAAGAAUCUAGGUCAGACACUGAUCGGUUGCAGAGUCUUACAGACAAACAAGCUCAAACUAUUGAAGAAAACAAGUUAUACAUCAAGAAGUUGGAGGAAAGAGAGAGGGUGCUGACUCAAAAUGUUGAGGAAUUCCUAUUGGAAAUUCAGGAAACUGAAGCAGAGGUAACUAGAUGGAGAGAAGCUUGUGAAUUAGAAGUUGAGGCUGCAAAAACUGAGAUUCAAGAACGCGACAAAGUGAUUGGCAUUCUGAAACAAGAGUUAGAGAAAACAAUGGCUUCUUUGGACAUAUCAAAUGGCAAACUAAAGCUGAAAGAAGAACUUGUUGCUGCAGCCAUGGCUGCUCAGGCUGCAGCAGAGAAGUCCUUACAACUAGCUGACAGCAGAUCUGCAGGGCUCCGUGAGAGGAUAGAAGAGUUGUCCAGGAAACUAGAAGAAGUAGAAAGUCGAGAGCGGCAUAGUUUUAUUAUGUCAGUACCUCAUUUUAUAAUUGAUGAUAAAUGUUACAAAUACUUUUAUUAGAUUUAUUAGACAUUGCAUGAGCUUUUAUCAUGUUAUUUUGUACUUAGAUUUUAUAAAAUUGUAAUGACAUUAUUGGGAUAUAGAAUAUGUAUUAUAAAUUUUAAUAA